AUGGCGCAAUAUGAUAUGCCUAUUGGACAAUCCUUUGAGCUUCCUUGUGGAUUGAAACUAUCGAAUAGGAUUAUCAAAGCUGCUAUGGAAGAAUCACUUGGCACCGUUGAUAAUCAACCUAACGAAUAUAUUUAUCGUCUUUACGAACGUUGGGCAAAAGGCUCAUUUGGUCUUUUGCUGACAGGCAACGUCCAAGUCGAUGAACGUUAUCCUGGUCUUAUGACAGAUUUAAUGGUACCUAGUAAAGAAAAGAUCGAUANAACGGUUACGGUCAUUGUUUACGAUGAGCGUAACACGCUGUAA